GGCUGUGUCUUCACUGCUGCUAGGUUCACACWAAUUUUUUCUCUCAAAAUUGUCAGCUUUCGCGAAUGGUUUGCAUUCUCUUCUACAUAUUAAGGUAUUAGACUCAUGGGCUCAAAAAGGAGAAGGGCUACGUCCCCCUCUAGUAGUGUCAGUGGGGGGGACUUUGACGAUGGACAGCCUUCAUCCUCAGCAUCUUCGGUAGGUCGGAAAAGGAGAAGAACCUCAAACAUUCCCACUGUUGAUCCAAUUGCAGUAUGCCAUGAAUUGUACAACACAAUCAGAGAUUAUAAGGAUGACCAGGGAAGAAUGUUAUGUGAGCUGUUCAUAAGAGCACCCAAGAGACGGAAUCAAUCGGAUUACUAUGACGUUGUGACUCAGCCCAUUGACAUGAUGAAGAUCCAGCAGAAGCUGAAGAUGGAGGAGUACGAUGAUGUGGAGCAGAUAACGGCUGACUUUCAGCUCUUAUUCAACAAUGCAAAGGCGUACUACAAGUCGGAUUCUCCAGAGUACAGAGCAGCCUGCAAGCUGUGGGACCUCUACCUGCGUACCAAGAAUGAGUUUGUUCAGCGGGGGGAUUAUGAUGACGAUGAUGAGGACGGGGAUGAUGCACAAAAUAAUCCUGGAGGGUCAAAUGAGGAUGAGAAUGCACCCAAUUGCCUGAAGGAGGUCCUUGAGCAGCUGCUGGAUGCUGUGGUGACAUUCUCCGAGCCCUCAGGGCAUCUAGUCAGUGAUCUAUUCCAGAAACUGCCCUCAAAAGUGCAAUACCCAGACUAUUAUGCCAUAAUAAAGGACCCAAUAGAUCUGAAAAUCAUUGCCCAGAAGAUACAGAUGAGCCACUACAGAAGUGUUGGUGCCAUGGCAAAAGACAUAGAUCUUCUGGCUAAGAAUGCCAAAAUGUACAAUGAGCCUGGGUCACAAGUUUUUAAGGAUGCCAACACCAUCAAAAAGGUCUUUGCACAGAGAAAGACAGAAAUUGAGCAUGCUGAACCAAUCAAGUCCAGUAUUCGCAUCAGGAACAGAAGGUCAGCCCAGGGAGACCGGCUCUCGGCUAUUACCAUGGCUCUUCAGUAUGAUAGUGAUGACGAUGGCAUUCUGGCUGGGUCUGUCCACUAUGACGAGGGGGAGUCAGAGGCAGAGAGCAUGCACCACAGCAUGGACAUGAGUAACCCCAUCUUCCAGCUGUACGAGGCUGUGCGUGGCGGCAGGAACAGCCAGGGCCAGCUCAUCUCCGAGCCCUUCCUCCAGCUGCCCUCCAGGAAAGACUACCCAGACUACUUCCAGCAGAUCAGCCAGCCCAUCUCCCUGCACCAGAUUAGGAACAAGAUGAAGAACAACGAGUAUGAGAGUGUUGAUCAGCUAGACGCCGACCUCACUCUGAUGUUUGAGAACGCCAAGCGCUACAAUGUGCCUCAUUCCUCUAUCUAUAAGCGUGUGCUGAAACUCCAGCACAUUCAGCAGCUAAAGAGAACAGAGCUAUUGAGGAGGGAGGACGACAGCAUGGAUGGGGACAGCAUGCUCUCUUCUACCAUGUCUGAUACUGGCAGCACUAAGAGGAAGAGCCAUAAGAAGAACACCAAGAAGAACCGGAUGAAAGCCCUGUACUCCGCAGUGACGGAGGCCCGGGAGAUGGGCACAGGCCGGAGGCUCUGUGAGCUCUUCAUGAUCAAGCCUUCCAAGAAGGACUACCCGGACUACUACAAGAUCAUCCUGGAGCCCGUGGACCUGAGGAUCAUUGACCACAACAUCCGCUCUGAGAAGUACAUGACAGAGGAAGCUCUGCUGGAGGACAUGAAGCUCAUGUUCCGCAACGCACGCCACUACAACGAGGAGGGCUCACAGGUCUAUAACGAUGCCAACGUCCUGGAGAAAGUCAUAAAAGACAAACGGAGGGAUCUUGGCCCAACGCCUGACGAUGAUGACAUGUCACCAAAGUUGAAAAUAAGGAAGAGUGGCAUCACGCCUAAGAAAUCCAAGUACCUGACCCCCCUGCAGCAGAAGCUGAACGAGCUGUACGAGGCGGUGAAGAACUUCACAGACAAGCGUGGCCGCCGCCUCAGCACCAUCUUCCUGCGGCUUCCGUCGCGCGCCGAACUGCCCAACUACUACAUCGCCAUCAAGAAGCCCGUGGACAUGGAAAAGGUCAGGAGCCACAUGCUGGCCAACAAGUACCAGGAUGUGGACGCGCUAGUGGAGGACCUGGUGCUGAUGUUCAACAAUGCCUGCACCUACAACGAGCCAGAGUCUCUGAUCUACCGCGACGCUCUUGUGCUGCAYCGUGUUCUGCUGGAGACCCGCCGGGACCUGGAGGGAGGCGAGGACGCCCACGUGCCCGACGUGGCCCGCCUCAUCCAGGAGCUCAUCCGCAGCCUCUUCGUCUCCGUGCUUGGUCACCAGGACGACGAGGGGCGUUGCUACAGCGACUCGCUGGCUGAGAUCCCCGCUACUGACCCCAGCAGCCCCGACAGACCGCCGCUCAACUUUGAGAUCAUCAGAGCUAACGUGGACCGGGGACGCUACAAGAGACUGGACGUGUUUCAGGAUCACAUGUUUGAGGUGCUGGAGAAGGCCAGGCGCAUGCACAGGACGGACUCUGAGAUCUUUGAGGAUGCGGUGGAGCUGCAGCAGUUCUUCAUCCGGAUCCGAGAUGAGCUGUGUAAGAAUGGAGAGAUCCUGCUCACCCCCGCCCUCAGCUACACCUCCAAACACCUGCACAGCGACGUGGAGAAGGAGAAGAAGGAGAAGCUGCCCAAGGAGAUAGAGGAGGACAAGCUCAAGAGGGAGGAGGAGAAAAAAGAAGCUGAGAAGAGUGAGGACCCUGCUGGAGGGGCGUGGCAGUCUGGUCUCCAGCGUACCUACAGCCAGGACUGCAGCUUCAAAGACAGCAUGUACCACGUGGGAGACUAUGUGUACGUGGAGCCUGCUGAGCCCAACCUGCAGCCGCAUAUCGUCUGCAUUGAGCGCCUGUGGCAGGAUGAUGCAGGUGAGAAGUGGCUGUAUGGCUGCUGGUUCUACAGGCCGAAUGAAACCUUCCAUCUUGCUACACGCAAGUUCCUGGAGAAGGAGGUCUUCAAGAGCGACUACUUCAACAAGAUUCCUGUCAGCAAGAUACUGGGCAAAUGUGUUGUCAUGUUUGUUAAGGACUACUUUAAGCUUCACCCAGAGGGCUUCAGGGCAGACGAUGUGUAUGUCUGUGAGUCUCGCUACUCAGCCAAGACCAAGUCCUUCAAGAAGAUCAAGAUGUGGACCAUGCCCCUGAGCUCCGUUAGGUUUGUCCCUCGGGGCGUACCGUUGCCUGUAGUCCGGGUUGCAUCCAUGUUUGCCCCUAAGCAAGAAGAAGAGAAGCCUGCAGAGAUACAAGAAGAGGGCAAAGCCUUGGACACUAUGGAUAAGGAGAGGGAGGAUGUAAUCCUGGACAUGACCAAUGGGGAGCCAGGCUGCCAGUACUAUGAGCAGCUCUGCUACAAUGACAGCUGGCUGAAAGUGGGAGACUGCAUCUAUAUUCGCUCACAUGGACUAGUGCGCCACCGAGUAGGCAGGAUUGAGAAGAUGUGGAUGCGUGACGGAGCGGCCUACUUCUUUGGGCCCAUUUUCAUCCACCCAGAGGAGACAGAACACGAGCCCACCAGGAUGUUCUACAAGAAGGAAGUGUUCCUUAGCAACCUGGAGGAGUCUUGCCCCAUGACCUGUAUCAUAGGGAAGUGUGCGGUGUCCUCCUUCAAGGAGUACCUUUCGUGCCGGCCCACUGAAGUGCCUGAGGAGGACGUUCUGCUUUGUGAGAGUCGCUACAUCGAGAGUGACAAACAGAUGAAGAAGUUCAAGGGCCUGAAGCGCUUCUCCCUCUCUGGGAAGGUGGUGGAGGACGAGAUCUAUUACUUCAGGAAGCUGAUCGUGCCCCAGAAGGAGCCAUCCCCUCUGCUGGACAGGAAGAUCGCAGUGCUGGAGGCCAAGUUUGCCGACAUGACAGAUGAGGAGUUGGAGGACCUGGGGGAGGAUGAUGGGGAGCUGGGAGACACCUCCAUACCUCAGCUCCAGAGUCCCAUGGCAGGCAGCGACAUGGACAUGCCUUACACCCCUCCACAGUCCACUCCCAAGUCCAUGAAGGGGAUGUCCAAGAAGGAGGGCUCCAAGAGGAAGAUUAACAUGAGUGGCUACAUCCUGUUCAGCAGUGAGAUGCGAGCGGUCAUCAAGGCGCAGCACCCAGACUUCUCCUUCGGGGAACUCAGCCGUCUGGUGGGCACCGAGUGGAGGAACCUGGAGUCUCCCAAGAAAGCUGAGUAUGAGGAGCGAGCAGCUAAAGUGGCCGAGCAGCAGGAGCGGGAGAGGGCAGCCCAGCAGCUGGCUUUCCCUAGAGCAGGCAUGAUGGGUACAUAUAUGCCACACAUGAUGCUGCAGGACCUAGUUGACGGCAUGUUUAGUAUGACUGGCAUGCCACCACAUCACAUGAGGUUGCCUCUCUUGCCCCAUCAUCACCUAAUGCCAGGCAUCCCUGGGUUCCCUGGCAUGCCAUACCCGGGUGUCAACACGGGUGCUCCUGGAGCCUAUGGAUCCCAGAUGAUUGGUCUUGGGCAGCAGGCCCCGCCACCCUAUCCAGGACAGGGCCAGCCUGCCCUCCAGCAGCCCUCAACACCCAUAUUUGUAGCCCCGCCACCCAAGCCCCAGCGCCUGCUCCAUUCGGAGGCGUACCUGAAGUACAUUGAGGGACUCAAUGCAGAGUCCUCCACCAUCAGCAAGUGGGACCAAACUCUCUCAGCUCGAAAGAAAGAUGUGCGGCUGACCAAAGAGCAGGAGAGCCGGCUGCCGUCCCAUUGGCUGAAGAGCAAGGGCGCCCAUUCCACCAUGGCGGACGCACUGUGGCGCCUGCGAGACCUGAUGCUGCGUGACACAAUGAACAUCCGCCAGACGUACAACCUGUAGAAUGUCUGAGCCACUGCUCCUUACACUGUCAGACAGGAAAGGGGGUUUAGGCUCAUUUAAAAAAGUGUUAAUGUUGUUGUCAUGUUAGAGUUGUCAUUCGUUUGUAGAAUUGUUAAAUGAGCUUGCUUACUCUGUUCAAGCUGUUUUGUAUUUGCAUCUUAAUUGUUCUAACAAGUGCAUUAUUAUUGUAUUAAAUGUUUCUCUGUGAUGGAUAAACGUUUUCAUAAAAAAUGAA